AUGAACUGUAACACUAAACUCAAAAAGAAGGAAGAGAAAGAACUGGGCGCCUAUCCGCCGUCCCAAUCAGCAGUGACCCCGGCAGACAGACUUCAGCCACCAUCAGCUCGGCCACCAUCAGCUCGACCACCAUCAUUACCGGCCAGGUCCCAGUCACCAUCGGUCGACCCAACGGCAGAGGACGCUCUUCGCACGUCGAUCUUCUACACUUCCGUGAAGAUCAACGGCCAAGUGUGCAAGCUGAUCGUCGACAGUGGUAGUUGCGUCAACGCCGUAUCCGACGUGAUGGUCCGGAGACUCGGAUUGGUAACCACUAACCAUCCGUCCCCUUAUGAUGUGUAUUUGGUAGACACCACAUCGCUUCCAGUGCGACUUCAGUGCCGGGUGCCACUUCGGGUGAGCACCUAUGACGACCAUGUCCUUUGCGACGUCCUUCCGACGAAAAUCGGGAGCAUCAUACUCGGACGACCGUGGUUGUACGACAACGACGUCCAUCUCUCGGGGAGAGCAAACACUUGCUCUUUCACGCAUCGCGGUCAGAGGGUUGUAUGGUACUCCUACACCUUCAAGUCUCCAACUAGACGAGUGACUACCCCUCGAGUGGGGUUGGUGGUUGUUAGGGGACCAGCCUUUCAUAGGGACAUUACGAGGGAGAUCACGGAUAUCCCCACCUGGUUUGCCUUGACGUUGGACGUUCCUGCUGCUACCACUCCUUCCCCGUACCCACUUGAGCUCGAGGACAUCAUGAUGGAGUAUGGCGACGUAUUCCCUGAGGAGUUGCCUAGCGAUUUACCGCCGUUGCGCCACAUACAGCACGCGAUUGAUCUCGUGCCGGGAGCCAUGCUCCGAAACUUACCACAUUAUCGUAUGGAGCCCUCGAGAUACUAG